AGUUUUCGUGGCAAGUUAGAAUUGCAACAUGUGUUUUCUCUAAGAAAAAAGGGUUUUCAUUUUUUAUUCAUCUUCUGUCUUCCAAUUCAUCGAUUCUUAAUUGCGUGCCUGUCAUCUCAGAUGAUUGAGUUUGAAUCGACUCUCUAGUUGCUGUGAUCGGAGACAAGUGCUUUGAUAGACGGAUCGGAUCUAGAGAUCUAAAAUCCCAUUAUCCAUCUAUCACUGGAAUUUCGCUCUUGGACUCUUUUAUGUUAGUGAUAGCUGGAUAGUGUCAUUAUCAUUGAAGCUUCAGUGGUAAAUGCAAUAGGAUAUCAUUAGAAAGACAGAGAAGAAGCGGCUUGGUGGAAGAGAUAGCUGAUUAAGAGAGGAAAAUUCAGAUAUGUCGGCUCUCUUCAAUUUCCACUCCUUCCUGACGGUAGUGUUGUUAGGGAUUUGUACAUGCACUUAUGUUAAGAUGCAUUUUCCAGCACUUCUUGAACAUAGAACUGGGUUUCGAGGUUUCUUUUGGAAGGCUGCUAGAAUAGGUGAACGGUUGAGUCCUUGGGUGGCAGUGGGCUGCUUGACGAUGGGUGUUUCAAUAAUCUUCUUCUGAGAGAACAACUGUUUGUAACUCGAGAAAGUACACACUCAGCUGGGAGUAAAUUAACAGUUGAAUUUGUUUUUCAUCAAAUGAUUUCUUUGAUUAAUUAAAGGAUGAUAGCAAGCUUGAUGUGAGACCAGCUUUCCUUCAUCACUAACUGGAUCCUGAACUUAGGAGCCGUUUGGACAUGUAAUUUAGAUAUCUUAAGUUGUAUUUUCUCUAAUAGACAUAAAAACCCCACAAGUUGUGAAAACUAUUAAAACAUUUUCAAUUCUUAUAUAA